AUGGGCUGGCUCCCUUGGUCAUCCGGCGACUCCAACAAAGCCUCUGACGGCGGCCGCAUUGCCCCGGAUCGCACGAGUCGUGCGCGCUGCUGGGAGGGCAGGGAUGCUUUCUUCGCCUGCUUGGAUCGGAAUGAUAUUCUCGACGGAAUCAAAGAUGAUAAGGAGGCGCGUCGGAAAUGCGCCAAGGAGGUUGCCGAGUUUGAGGCUGCUUGUUCGGCGACUUGGGUCAAAUACUUCAAGGAAAAGCGAGUGAUGGAAUAUAACCGGGACAAAACGAUCGAGCGGAUCAAGAAGGAGGAUGCGGAGAAAGUGAAGGAAUUGAAGUCUCAAGGCUGGAAGUCCAGCUAG